AAGCAUCUAGUAAAGUUAAAGCUGUUUUAAUCCAAAUUAUGAUCUGUCUCUAACUUACUGCCACAUUUUAAUAUACAUCUCUUGGGCUGUUACGUCAUGCAUUUAAAAAUGGAAUAAACGUCCACAAAGCAGUGGAAUGACGAUUAACAACAAAUGUAUAAAAAUUGGAUUAAAAACCUGUCAAUGAUGAGGUUAGUGCAUUUCCGUUUAACUUAUGGCCCUGACUUCAUCCCCGGCAGGAGGAGCGCUUCUCUCACCAGGCGGGACGUCGGUGCGCACCCCGCCCGCUCCGUGACGCAGCGCCUCUCGGUGUGCACUGAUGUUGGACUGGAAGCGACAGGCGCGCUCAUCUCUGUGGGACUGAUUGCACUGGAGACGGAGCAAAUCAUUCGGUUUGCGUCCGUCAAUGAGCUUAGACUAAUUAGGGGAAGGAUGCUCAGAUCGAUUCGGUCUUCGGGCAGCUGCACUUAGACAGCUGUGGUCCAUCCACCGAAACACUUCAUCUCUCUCCUCACCACCCCAUCUCUCUCCUCCCUGAAGAUAAGAAACAGGAGUCCAGUCACUUACCUCAGUCUUUCAGCAUCUAGUCGCAGUUUAGGGUUUUAUCGCGAUGUGGACGUGUAUGGCUCUGCUGCUGCUGUCUGUGAUCUCAGCGUCCGGUGAACUCCAACAAGAAGACACGGAGCCCCGGAGACUCCCACCACCGGGAAAGUUGGAUUUCGGCUAUGUGCCUGCGGGAGUUUACGAGACAUUGGCCCAUUACGAACCGGGACCCAUCGGGAUUCUGUUCCACUUGGUGCACGCGUUUUUGCACGCGGUGCAACCCAACGCGUUCCCACAUGAUCUUAUGGUAAAACUAGCGAAGGACAAGUUUGGUGCCAUUCAGACGGAGUACCAAAAGGCCAUCUACUACGAGAUAGGCUUCCUCGUAUGUGCGGCGGUGGGACUGAUGUUCAUUGUUCUUGUUCCGAUCGUGGGGCUCUUCUUCUGCAUGUGUCGCUGCUGUGACAACUGUGGUGGCGAGAUGCACCAACGCCAGAGGAAGAACGCAGACUGCCGGCGUGGCCUUCUGGGAACUUUACUCUUCUCCACUUCACUUGUCAUCACGAUUGGAGUGCUGUGUGCAUAUGCUGCCAACCAGAACCUGAGCUCGCAGGUGAAAAACAUCCGACGGUUGGUCAACAGCAACAUGAGGGACCUGCACACCUUUGCUAACGACACACCAACGCAAAUUGAUUACCUAAUAUCCCAGUACGCCACAGCCAAGAACAAAGUCAUCUACGACCUAGAUAACAUAGGUCCCUUAUUGGGUGGGAGGAUACAACAGCACCUGGAUAAGGAGGUUCACCCUGCCUUGGACCAAGUGCUGAACAUGGCUGGAGCCAUGCGAGAAACCAAGGAGGCCCUGGAGAAUGUCAGUGUGUCUCUGGUGGUCUUGCAGGAAGGAGCAGGGAAACUAAACUUCAACCUGAGCCAAGUCCGCAACAGGAUCAACCGAACCCUCAAUGACCCAGGCUGUCACGAUGAGGAAUCAGACGCUACUACGGCCCAGCUGUGCAACAACAUACGCCUGUCACUCUCACAACUACAGAUUAGUGCAAAUUUCACCCGGCUACCAAAUGUGAACCCCCAAAUGGAAAAGAUGAACAAUUUACAGAAAACAAAUCUCGGUGCAAUCGUCUAUAAGGGGUUUUCCUCACUUAACGACACACCACAUGUGGUGAUUGAACAGACCAGAAGUGUCGUCAACAAUGUCCAGAACUUGAUGGACGGAAUUGGCAACAACAUCAGCAGCUUUUCCAAAGGAUUUCCUGUGCAGACAUGUUUGUCCAACUUUACUAUCUUCAUCAGCCAUGCACAUGCCAAGAUUGAAGAUUACUAUCCUGAAAUUGAUAAAAUGGACUUUUACAGAUGGAUUGGCUGCAUCACCCUUUGCUGCAUGGUGGUCCUGGUCUUGGCGUUCAACUACCUCGGUCUACUGUGUGGCACUCUGGGAUACGACAAGCACGCCUCACCUACAACACGAGGAUGCAUCUCCAACACAGGAGGAACACUGCUCAUGGCCGGCGUUGGAUUCAGCUUAAUUUUCUCCUGGGUGCUCAUGGGAGUGGUGACAGUCUUGUUCUUGGCCGGAGGAAACAUGGAGAAACUCAUCUGUGAACCAUUUCAGACCAAAGAGCUCUUUAAGGUUGUGGACACCCCUUAUUUGAUCCAACCUGAGUGGAGGAAUUUCAUCCCUGGCUACUUGUACAAUGACUCCCACCUGGAGCUGACUGCAGAAAGCUUAUACAGUACCUGCAAACAGAACAGAGGCAUCUACUCUGCCAUGCGUCUGGACAAAGUCUUCAACAUCUCAUCUUUCCUGAACACAACAGUGUUCACUAAGGAUGUGGUGGGUCAACUGGACAAUGUCAAGAUUGACCUGAGAGGGAUAAUCCUGUUAGAGGCCGAGGGGAAGCAGAACCUCCGCGAUUUCUCUGAAGCCGGCCUGUCAGAGAUCAACUACGCUGACUACCUGGAAGAGGUGAAUAAAGGAGUUACUGCAGUUGAUGUGCUCUCAUUUGCCAAAGAGCUGGAGUCUCAGACAGACCUCAUGCCCAGGGGAGCUCUGCAGGCAUCUCUGAAAGCCCAUGUCGGCACUCUGCAGCAGAUCCACAGACAACAAAUCGUCCCGAUGGAGCAGGCCAUGAAAUAUGUUAGAGCAAGGACCGCAUUGAACCAGAGCAUGAGGUUUCUGGAGAGAACGGCCUCCGAUCUUCCGAACAAAGUCAUAGCUGUUCUUGAUGCCAUUGAAGCUGCUCAAUACCUCAUUUCUCAAAAUGCAACAUUUUUAAUCCAUCGGGAGACAAGAAAAUACACAGCAACCAUCAUUGGAUACUUCCAUCAAUAUAUAGAAUGGGUCAAAACAUCUCUGGCCUUGGAGGUGGCUCCCUGCAAGCCCUUCAGCAACAUCUUGGACACGGCGGAGAUCAUGACCUGCGGCUUCUUGGUGGACUCUAUGAACACUUUCUGGAUGGGCCUGGGCUGCAGUACUCUGUUUCUGCUCCCGAGCAUAAUCCUAGCAGUCAAACUAGCCAAAUACUACCGCAGGAUGGACACGGAGGACGUUUACGACGACAUUGAGACAAUUCCCAUGAAAAACCUCAGCCAAAGUCCGAUGAAUGUACACCUGAUCGUUGUGUUCAGAGAGAGGCAAGCAUGUCGAGCAUUAGUCUGAUGCUAAAAAAGGCUUUGAUAUUUUUGGGGGGCUUUCUUUCUUUUCAACCCAACAUCUAACUGCAUGUUUUAUGAUUCUAAGUUGGACGGGGAUGAGUUUGAACCGCUGACCUGCUGGAACAGACACAGAGAGCAACACUGCUACAUCACAUACUAAAUUCCUCUUUAAAGGCCAAGUUUACCAAGAAACCAUGCUUUACUUGUUUGAUCCAGGCUGAAUGAGAAAAUAGUCUUCUAUACCCCUAUUUCCUGCUUCAUCUUCUGGUAGAAAAUAUACAGGCGAACACUCAGAUCGUUUAUGCCAGACAUCACAAUGUCACUUAACAUUCAUGGGCUGGCCCAUCUUGACACAGGGUUAUGUUAUACGUUGCAGAGUAAACAGAGUCAGUGGUGGAGUGAGUCAUGUUGCUGUUAUCCAAUCCGAGGCAAGAAGUCACAAUUUGAGAAAAUAAGACUCCAAAUCCUGCUGUCUUCUGCUUCUUUCUGCUCGGACUCACUUUUAGUCCCUGAAACAGGAGCACCGGAGCUUUUUCCCAAAAAGAUCCACUCACUUAGCAUUAUUUUAUGAUAGAAACCACUGCACAUGCAUUAAAAAAGAGAACUUGGUCUUUAAAGUAAAACAGGUUUAACUCCAAGAUGCUGAUUAAAAUAGUAGUAGUAAAAAAGUAGGUUUUUGUAUAAAAUCCUAAAUGUUCAGGUAAUUUCUUCAUCCUUGAGGUGGUUAAACCCACUGAGAAUGCUGAUGAAGCUGUUUUGCUGUCUGUGUUGUGAACUGCUCAGACCUCCCCUAAAAAACAAGCGAUGCAACAGUUUCACGCCAUGUUGAAGAAGCUGUUGAAUUAUCUGGUAAUGCUGUGACUUUGUGUAUUUUUACUCCUGUGCUGGUAGCGUCCCCACGUAUGAUACAAUGAACAGGUUCCCGCGGGCCUCGGCUCCUCCGAGGCACAUCGACUGGUGAUAGAACCGGGCCUGGUUCUGGCUCCUGAAAGCUUGUGUUAAUGCUUUUCUGCUUGCUGAAAAACCAUCAUGUGCCCUUGACAACUGGAACUAAAGCACUCCAUGGUCAUCAUUUUGAAAACAUUUCCCACCAGAGAGUUCUCCAGGAAACCUGACAGCAUCUCAAGGGCCUACAGAUGUUUCCUAUGAUGAACCUUCUCGAUCAGACUGACCUUUAGCCCCGGCAGGAACCUUCUCCUCCAUCAGCGGGAAUCUGAGCCACUCUCAAGCUACAUGUUUCAUGUGUGUCUGUUGUUUACAUUUGUUUGUACAAAAUUGAAAAGCUGAAAACAAAAAAAAGAUGGACUGUUACGUUUCUUCAUAUUAAUGUGCAUUUUUUACUGAAGAAAACAAGCUGAAAGCUCACCCGAAGGUCACAGCAAACUACAGGAACCCAGCACUUAAGAUGGAAGUAACACUUUUAGCUCUAAAGUAGAAAGCGUGGCAAUGUCACCAGAUCUUUCGUCUUGUUUCAAAUGACUUUUAAAAGGAGAAAACCUGGAUUUUGUGCUCAGGUGACGAGGUUCUGUAAGGAUGUUUUUCAUGACUUUUUUUAAAUGUUUACAAGAAAGUUUGUUCACAAUGGUUGAGACAUACUGACAGACUGCCUUUGAAAUGUAUUUUAUACAGAAACUCAAUUACGCUGUUUAAUGUAACGAGACACGUGUUGUUGUCCUAUAUUUUAUUUUCUUUCUGUCGCAAAACAAAAUGAUGUAUUACUGAGUUAAGAUUCUAGCUUCAUAGCUCUUUCUUUGUGUUCCUGGUCUUGAUAUCUGGAUCAUCGUCAACAUGAAACACUUUGGUGAAGGUAAAUAAGGUUUAGCUUCUCAAUGUGGAAUUUGAUGUUUCUUGCUUUCAUAAGAACUGUAACCUAAAUACUCUAGUUAAGUUUCAUCAGUCUGUCGGUUGCAUGCAUUUUUGUUUUUUAAAACACACACACACACACACACACACACACACACACACACAUUGUUAUUGAUUAUUCUGUUUUUUCUUUAUAUGGAAGCCGAGAGAGAAUUAUGCUGAAACCUCUAAUACAAUAAGCUAGCCAUUACAGACAUACAGCCUCCUACCUGUGCAGGUAUCUCCAGCAGUGAUAAAAUUAAAAAAAAUAGACAAUCCUUUAUUAUAAUAAGUAAGAACUAUCAGUCAGAUUGUGCCAUUGUUUACAAAUAUACGAUUCAUGCACAUUAUGAAAAAAGCCUCAUCUAUCCGAACACCAGUUGUGUUUUGUGAUGUCAUCAUGUUGCACAAUAACAGAACACACCCUAACUCUAGUUCACAGUAACUACAAUAACGUAUGCAAGAAAUUAUAAAUUAAAAGCAAUUUUCAAAUAUAGGGAUUUUAUAGGCAGUUUCAUCAACUACCAUUAGCAUCAACAACUUUGCAUAAAAUCUGUCCAAAAUAUAGAAAUUCUCUAUGUUAUUUCUAUUUUUUUAUUUUAAUCUGAAUAUAUUUUACUGUAAAAACAAGCUGAGGUUGAGUAAAGCGAAACCCAUAAAGCUAAAUACCACUCUAAUAAAAUAGUUCAUUAACAAGCUGCUGCAGCUGGUUAGCAACAAUUAUUAGCACCUUUUCUUUUUCUUUUUUUUUUACAUUUAUGGACCAUAUUUGACUAAUUAUGCCUUAAUGAGGCUAAUGAAAAGUUAACAAUUUAGUGGCUGACAUAUUCAUUGAACAGGUUUAGAUUGAUGUUGCUAACUAACUUUAACUAACUACUUAUGAGCCCAAUUGUACAGCUACAGUAACAGAGGAGUUUGAUUACGAAGCUCUUGACUGAUAAAAUAUAAUAAAGCAGACCUCAUGUUUGAUGAAGACUCAAAAGGACUUCCGCCAUCUUCAAACGUCUGUUUUUAUUGUUUCAUUUGAUCUGAAUCUUAAUUCCUCAUCCUUGAUGAACAUUCUGUGUGCCCACUCUGACUAUCAUGGUCUCCUUACGCUUUAGAGUCUGAUGAACUGUUUACUAGUAAAGAAAAAUGACAGGCAAGUGCAUAAUUUUGUUAUUAUAUACCCAAACUCUGCAUGGAAAGGUGGGUUUGAAAUGCGAUGCAAAGUCAGUCACUUCUGGAGCCAGUAAGCAGGACCAUUUUUAUAUGGCAAUGGAAUGAAGUGUAUAAAUUGUGAAUAAAGUCUGUAAUUCAA